AUGCCUCCAUUGCAUCCAUACGAGAUCUAUGUUCAAAAGAUACUUUAUGACAAAGCUUUUGACAUGGAUGCUUUCAUGAGGGAUGAUUUUCGAGAUUUUUUCGUAUCUAUCAAUGAUUAUCUUGAGUUAUUCUCGGGAGGUAAAGACGAAGGUAUAUUCAGAAAGAAGAAAUUCGUCAAUACAGUUGAACUAGUUACUACGAUGCGACUUGUGAUUCAACGAUCUAUGCCAGAAAACUACGAACGAUCAACAAUAUUAAAAUUAAGUUCGAUAUUCAAAAUUUUACUUCAUCCAUUAAGCACUGAUAGUGGCAGAGAAGCAGCAGUUGCGGUUUUAUUGGAACUUCUUAAGCACAUUAAAAAAGAGCAUAUGGGGCAGGUUCACCAUGCGCUAUACUAUGCUAUUCCGUGGAGUAGAUUUGCUCGUGACAAUGAAAAGGACGAAUUUGCAAAGUUCUUUGGCCAAAAUACAUACAUUAAAUCAAAUCCAAAAGAAGAAAAUUCAAUAGAUAUAACAAAAUGUCUCGGAAUACUUCGAUCAUUCUUGAACUUCCUCAAAGUUAACUGGAAACUGUUCCCUAGAGAGACUUCUCGUAUACUUUUCGAGAAUAUUUUAAUCAUAGUAUACCCGACAAUCGCAGAAGAAGCUUAUUUACCACCUCCUCCUAUAGGAUUUCAGUUCCCACCUCCACAGGAGAUCAACUCUAUCAUAUUUAACUUUCUAGGGGAUAUUAGUCAACAAAAUCCCGACUUAACUUUCCUUUUCAACCCCGCAAUUACGAUGUUCAUUGUCAAACUGUUCACCAAAGAGCAGACACUGUCCUCAGAAAACUUCAAAUCCAUUUUAAUGUUCGUAAAUUACUUAGUUUCCAUCAAAGAGUUCUUGGAACCACUUGUAAAGUCCGGAGAAACUCUUUUCCUAUCACUUUUGAACAUUGCUAACUUUGCAGACCAGCAUUCCGUUGACAAAGAAGUUCUUUCUCUUUCAAAUGAACUCAGAUUUUCUUUCAUUAUGAUUUUAGUUACAACAAAAGGAGUUGAUACGGGUUUUGACAUGAUUUUGGAACUCAUUGAGAACCAGAGAUUCAUUGGAAACUCAAUUGCUCUGUUUUUAUCCACAUUUAGUUACAUUUUGAUGUCAGGUGAAGUGACCAAAGUUGAAAUAGAUUUUGUGAAGAAAAUAAUCGGUAAAAAUCCAAUGUACAUUGCUUCUCUCAUGAAAUACUCUAGAUACAUGGCUGUAUACUCUUUACCUUUAAUCCUUAAGUUGAACAAAGAAGAUUCCCAGAAAAAUUCCGAUUAUUACCUCCAAAAAUCACAAAGAACAAAACAAGUUACAAAUUACGACUGGUUUUGUAAAAAUUGUAACCUUAUUUUCACCUCACCUCAUUUAUGUGAACCUCCCGCAUUAUCUCUGAGUACAUUAGAAGAAGAGACAAAGAAAAUAAAGUAUUUGAUCGUUACACCAUUGAACAUCGAUAAACUUGAGGAAAACCAAAAAUAUAUGAAAAAAUUUGAGAAGUUUACAAAUCUUUAUGAAGACGAGAAAGACGAAAACCAAAAAAUGAUGGAGUUUGCAGUAUUUGUGAGUUACCAUGCUACAUUAAACUCAAUCACAAACAUUCCUCCUGAAAUGAAAUCGAAUGAAAACAAAAAACUCUUUUAUUUCGAUUCAUACAAGAAAUUAUUGAAAUAUUCAAAUCAAACAGACUCUUUCAAUUUACUGGAUGCCAUUCUAUCAUCACCAAAAUCACGAUCAAUCACUGCUUUCUCACUCCAUAACGCAUGGAAGAAUUCUUUGAUGGAUUUCUUCAAUAUUGACAAAGAAAUCGCAUUAAGAGCUGCUUCAAAUUACAUUUUUAGUGGUUAUACAAACUACGAAUCACUUCUUGAUAAGCUUAUAGCAGCAACUAAUGAAAUACAAAGUUGUACUGAAUUUAAUGUGUCACUUUCUAGGAUGAUGCCACUUUUGAGUGACCAACAAAGAUCAAAAAGUUUCGAAAUACUCAAGAAAUGGGUGGUAAAUCAAAAACCGUCGAUCAUUUCACCUCUUAUCGUCACUUUAUUAUUUGAAAAGUUUUUUGACAGAAAAGUUUUGAUUGACAUGCUCAUUAAAAUUACAAAUGGCUUAUGCAAUGUCACAACAUUGUGUUUAUUGAGUGCUAUUGAAGAAUUUAAUGCAGAUGAUUGUCAGAAGUUAAUAGAAAAUGUCAUGAAUUUGCCUCCUGUUUCUAAACCAGAAGAUAUUGACAAAAGAAUUUUGUUGUACGGAGUUAUUUCUUCAAUGAUCAUCAAAACUAAAAUUGACAGCAGAAAGUUUUUGACAUUUCUUUCAAAUUAUUCAAAGAACAACUUAAUAAAUGAAAACGACAACGAAAGAAGAUUAAAUAUUGAAGUGAUUACAAAUAUUUGUGUCACUUUUGCUAAUUUAAAGGAUCAUGAAGAAUGUCAUCCAAGUAGUUUAGAAGUUGUUCCUGUUGAUGACAAAUCAAAGAUAUUAGUUACGAAAGAUAACUCUGUUCUUCAUUUCAAGAAAGAAGAAAAUGAUUCUGUUCUUUUGGAAAGUGAAACUUAUUCUGGACAUUUCCAAUACAAAUUCCAGAAAAAUAAGGAUAUAGCUGAUGUAACUCCUGUUAGACAUUCCAUUGAAUUUAACAAUACAUGCAAAUUGUCUGAUGUUGAUAUGCAAAGACAAUUAGAUUUCACUAAUUCUGUUUGUAAACUUUUCGGAUUACCUGAUCAAUGCCAAUCAAAGCCUCCUCAAAAACAAGUGAAUACAACAGAUAUAUUCCCACUCCCUCAAAUACCAGAGAUAAAACUAGAUUCACCUUCUGUUAUGGCUUCUCUUGGAAUUGAUCGACAAAAAGUGUCAACAUUAAAAGAUGAUGAAGGAACGACAAAAAUUUUGAAUAUUAACAUCAAUCGUUUGCAGACAUCCACAUUUAAAUACCCUAUAAAAUGUGCAUGUAUCUUCGUAUCUGAGAAGAAUAUGACACAAGAACAAAUCCUGACUUGUAAACUCGAAAACACUUCACCGGAUUUCAGAGAAUUCGUUUCUAAUCUUGGUGAUUUGGUCGAUAUAAACACACACGUCGGUUAUGACGGCGGUUUGGAUCCAUCGAAUGUUUCUAUGACACCUUAUUACUGCGAUGAAUCAUUUGAGAUAAUGGUCCACACAGGACCAAUGAUGGCAAACCGUGAAGACGAUAAACAACAAGUUUACAAGAAGAGACACAUAGGAAAUGACCACAUAACGAUAGUUUAUCUUGAUUCCGCUUCUUGCUCAGAUUACAAUAUCCAAACGAUUACUUCUCAGUUCAACCAGGUCCAUAUACUUAUAAUGAGACUCCCGAAUGGUUUGUUUAGGGUUGAAUCAAGAAAGAAGGCAGAAGUAAGCAUGUUUGGACCUUUAGUUCAGAUUUCAAUUAUAUCUAAGAAAUACUUGUCAAAAUUUGUGAUGAAAACCAUAGAAAAUGCACAAAUUGUGCUUAAUAUGGUACAACAACCUUUAUCUUUCCCUUAUAUGCAUAGAAGAAUUUCAAUUGAAAAUAUUGUCAAGAAUGCAACUGAAAAUCCAUCAAGAUUAUUCAUGUUGUGA